AUGGAUUCAAAUGAAAAUAACCAAAGUGACCAGGUGAAAGCUUCGGAAACAUCGGCAUUAAAAUCUGAAGCUGUUAAAGAAGAACCAGAGGACAAUGAAAAUUUUGAACUCUCAAAUUAUAAUAACGUUGAAAAAAUAGAUGUUGAUGCUAAUACGAGUAAUUUACCAUCAAAUGGCCAGAAACGUAAGAGCCCCGAGAAAUCAUUGCCGGAGAACGAUUGUAAUGAUAAUUCAAAUAGCAUAAAAAGACGAAGGUAUACUGAUACAGAAACUGAGGAUCAGGUCGAUACUAUUAUAGAAGAAAGACCUAAAUUCACGUUGAUAGUGAGCAAUGCGAGUGGUGAUUGGACAUCACAACAGGUUCUCAACUUCAUCCGGGAUACUUGUGGUGUUCACAUAUCAAAAAUAAACGACAGUAGAGAGGGCAACACGGAUUCAGAUUUUCAAAUAAAAUUGAAUUUUACUUCCAAGGAACAACUUGAUACAGUUAGGGAGAAAUUAAGGGAGAAAGAGGUUGAAGGAAAACUAACUAUUGCAAUUGAGAGCGAAAUGGUUGAGAGGGCACAAGGCUACAGGGACUCACAAAACAUUGAAAGUCCACCAAGAAAUGACGAAGAUCACGAAACUGAGUCGAGCGAUUUCCACAUAAAAGAAGAUUAUCUUCGAUCGUUGGGCAUUUCGCCACCUAUCACUAAUUGGGUUGAUGUCACAAAUUUUCGCUGUGAUAAAUCAGAGUUGAAGGAAGUAUUGGAGUUGGCAGGUAGAGUAGUAAUAUGCUCUGUUGUGAGUUCUCUGCACAAAUAUGCUAAUGCUAUGUACAGUCACCCUCUGGAAGCUGUUCAGGCCGUAUCAAUGCUUAAUGGUCAAAUGUUCUAUGGGAAAAAACUAAAAGUUACUAUAAAUAGAUCUCCUAACGUUAAAACCUUGUUGCCAAAAGGUCUUGUAAGUGUAGGGCCAGGUUUAGGCAAAUUUGGUAAACCGGUUCGUGAUUUACCCGAUCAAUACAAAAGAUUCAUUCAAGGACAAAACUCUGCGAUUGAUGCGAGUUUGUUCCAACAAGACCUACUCAAUAGAAUCGGGGUGACUCUCGAUCGGGACGUUAAUUACUCACGUUCCUCCGGGACACCUUACAGUCAAACUAGUCAAACUGAUUUAUGCACAAGAAACAGUGCUGAUUCCAGUGAAAGUGUGUCCCAAAUUUCUCACAUGGAUGAAAAUCAAUUUGGUCCCAUCGGACAAAAACCGAGUUUCCAUAAUACUCCUUUGACGAAUUUUACUAGUCAAAACUGUUCCGUCAAUAUUGACUCAAAUGGCUCCAAUAUUACCGCGAACCGAAUGCCAGUAAUGAAUACCAGAGAUCCUAGAAGCAACCAAAAUUACAUUUGUCCCCCAGUAUCAAACGAUUCGGGUGAUAGACUUGUUAUUUCCUCUGCUGUUAUACAUCCCCAACAUCCAGUUUCGGGACAAAUCAGAGCGCCUGGUGCAAUUCAAAAUUCAGGUCGUGUUUUGGGUAUAGCCAGUUCCGGGUCUAUACCAGGUUCGGGUAUAAUAAGUUACCCUGGACCUAUGACAAGCUCUGGUCCGAUUUCCGGGCCUAACCCUAUGCCUAUCAGACCUAUGUCUGCUUCUGGCCCUAUGCCUGGGCCUAGUGUUAUUCGCGGCCCUAUGUCUGGGCCCGGCCCUAUGUCAGGGCCUGGACCUCUAUCAGGAUCCGUUCGCAUCCCUGGUCCAGGAAAUCUGCAAUUGAGACAUAGUCCUAUUUCUGGAUGUGCAAGACCUAUGACUGGUCAAGGUCAUCCUUCUGGACCAAUACAAAUGACUGGCCCAAGAGGCCCACGACCCAACCAAAUGGUUCAUAUUUCAAUAGGCCCUAGAGUCCCAGUACCAUUAAAUAGAUUCCCUACUCCUAUGAGUCCUAUGGGAUCACGGCCUUUAGCUCCUAGCGGACCAGUUCAGAACGCCAUAAGACCAAAUGGACCACGUUUAAUGACCACUAACGUUCAAAUGUUCAGAAGCGAUCCCGUCACACUACAAAUAAGCAACUUGCCGCCGAAUACGAAUUUCCUGAAUCUGGGCCACAAAUUAUCUGAACUAGGUCACGUAGUGUAUUUGGAGUUCACGACACCUGGAUGCGCUGUCGUGAGGUUCGCGAACCCAGCUGAUGCUGAUAGAUGCUUUCCCUACAUCUGA